UAUCAGAUGCAGGAAGUAAACAACCUUUGAGGGCCUAUGAGUCUUCCUUUUGGGUCGGUGCAAGAAGCAAAUAAUGUAGGUGGAAAAAGACUUGUUUUAUGUGCCAAAAAACCAUUCAAUUCUAACGAGGUUGUUGCCAUUCAUAAUUGUAUCACUCUGAGGCAGUGAACUGUGAAGAAUUCGGGGAAGGAAGCGUAAUCCUGUAAAUUGAAAGUGGGUGCGUCUUCCUCAAUCUUCUUCAAUUAUUCAUUACAAAUGCAUCAUUUUCUGUUUGCAAGAUUAACUACUAGAACACUCCAUUAUAGUGUUCUCUUACACAAUGUUACGCCUUUCUUCACUUCACGCACUCUAUCUGUAUCAAGCACAAAUCAUCGCAAAGAUGGCACCUUUAAUGUAUUUAGCCUCAUCAACUCAUGUGGGUUGUCCCCUGAAGUGGCCCUGAAACUCUCCAGAAGGUUGGAAUUGAAAAACCCAGAUGGGCCAAACGCUGUAAUUGAGAUUCUCAGGAACUAUGGGUUUUCUGAUACCCAGCUAUGUAGCCUUGUAAAGAAAAUCCCUUUGGUGCUUUUGUCAAAACCUGAAAAGACCCUUUUGCCAAAACUCAAGUUCUUCCUUUCUAUUGGGUUUUCAACCACUGACCUUCCCAGAUUCCUCAUUGGAAACACUACAUUUUUGGGAUUGAGCUUGCACAAAACCAUUAUCCCCCGUUACCAGAUCAUCAAGAGUCUAGUUCACAGUGAUAAAGAAGUAGUUUCCACUUUGAAGAAUGAUAGGAGGUACUUUAACCGUUGGAUGUCAAUCGAUGCGGUUCGAAAUGUAGGGACUUUGAGACACCUUGGGGUGCCUCAACGUUCCAUUUCGUUAUUGGUAACCAAUUUUCCUAGUGUAACAUUUAUGGAGCAUUCGAGGUUUGUUGAGGCUGUGGAGAAAGUGAAGGUAACUGGGUUUGAUCCUUUGAAAUCAAAUUUUGUAUUGGCAAUUCAAGUGCUUGCAAAGAUGAAUGAGGCAAUGUGGGAAUCCAAAUUAAUGGUUUUUGAGAAGUGGGGAUGGUCCAGAGAUAUCUGUCUUUUAGUUUUCAAAAAGCAUCCCCAAUUUAUUAUGUUGUCAGAAGAGAAGAUUAUGAAAAUAUUGAACUUCUUGAUGAAAGACAUAGGUUUGCCCGUAGAGAACAUCGCUGGAUGCCCUGAGGUUCUUAAAUGCAACCUGGAGAAGACAGUUAUGCCUAGAUUUGCAGUUGUUGAAAUUUUGAAGUCAAGGGGUUUGAUAAAGAGAGAUUCUAAAAUAAGUAGCUUUAUCAAGAUCAGCGAGAAAAUGUUUUUGGAGAAAUAUGUGAUCCGAUUUCUAAAAAAUGAGCCACUACUACUGGAUGCAUACAGAGGUCAGAAGUCAAACUACGAAGAAUACGUUGAAGGAAGCAUAAUCCUUCAAACUCAAAACUGGGUGAGUCAAAAUUCAUUACCAAUGUACCAUUUUCUUAUUGCUAGAUUAACAACUAAGACACCCCAUUAUGGUGUUCUCUGUCACAAUGCAAUUCUUUUCUUCAAUUCACGUACUCUUUCUGUAUCAAACACAAAUCACUACAAAGGUGGCACCUUCAAUGUAUUUAGCCUCAUCAACUCAUGUGGGUUGUCCCCAGAAAAGGCACAGAAACUCGCCAAUAGGUUGAAAUUGAAAAACCCUAAUGGGCCAAAUGCGGUAAUUGAUAUUCUCAGGAACUAUGGAUUCUCUGAGACUCAGCUAUGUAGCCUUGUAAAGCAACGCCCUUUUGUGCUUUUGUCAAAACCUGGAAAGACCCUUUUGCCAAAACUCAAGUUCUUCCAUUCUAUUGGGUUUUCAACCACUGACCUUCCCAGAUUCCUCAUUGGAAACAUUACAUUAUUUUAUUUUAGCUUGAAUAAAUCCAUUAUCCCAUGUUAUCAGAUUAUCAAAGGUCUAGUUUGCAGUGAUAAGGAAGUAGUUUCCACUUUAAAGCAUUAUAAGUGGUCCUGUAGCAGUCGAAGGUUAAUUAACCAUUCAGUUAGAAAUGUAGGGGCUUUGAGACAGCUUGGGGUGCCACAACGUUCCGUUUCCUUGUUAGUAACUAAUCAUCCUGGUGCAACAUUUAUGAAGCAUUCAAGAUUUGUUGAGGCUUUGGAGAAAGUGAAGGAAAUGGGGUUUGAUCCUUUGAAAUCAAAUUUUGUUAUGGCACUUAAAUUGUUUGCAACGAUAAAUGAAGCAACGUGGAAAUCAAAAUUAGAGGUUCUUGGGAGGUGGGGCUUUUCUAGAGAUAUCUGUCUUUUGGCUUUCAAAAAGCAACCCCAGUUUAUGAUGUCGUCGGAAAAGAAGAUUAUGAAAAUGUUGAACUUCUUGGUGAAAGAUAUGAGUUUGCCCCCAGAAGACAUUGCUAGAUGCCCUGAAAUUCUUGGAUGCAACUUGGAGAAGACAGUUAUUCCUAGAUUUGCAGUUGUUAAAAAUUUGAAGUCAAGGGGUUUGAUAAAGAGUGAUCUGAAAACAAGUUCCUUUAUUAAGAUAAGUGAGAAAAUGUUUUUGGAGAGAUAUGUGACCCGAUUUCAGAGAAAUGAGCCACUACUAUUGGAUGCAUACAGAGGUCAGAAGUGAAAUUGAUCAUCUGGAUAUACUUUAACUUAGUAACUUUUUAAUUGGUUGUACUUGAUGGAAGAAUUUGCUAUCUUAUUUUGUGAUUUUCAUUUUAUAUGCUUGA